AUGGAAAUCCGUACCAAUUUGACGACUGCAGCUGAGAAAAUCCGUAUGCCUACACCGACACCUACACCCAUUACUCGUGAAGUUUCUAUAGAUGUUCAAAACGAAGAGAAAGAUCAAGGCAAUCGGAAGCAUCACAUUGGUAGAGUCACUAAUGAACAUGACAAGACCGUAUUUCAAUUAGCUGCUGACCAUCGUCAAGGGGAAAUCUUUGCUUUGAUAACAUGCUUUGAUUCAAAAGAAAGACAAGAAAUUAUAGGUAGAAAAGAUAAGUCUGGGAAUAACCUGCUGCAUCUGUUAGGAAAGUUGACCCCAGUAGCAAAGAUUGCUCAUAUUCGAGGUGCAGCUUUGCAAAUGCAGAACGAACUACAGUGGUUCAAGGGCGUGGAGGGGUUGGCAAAUCCCAAGGAUCUUAAUUGUAUAAAUUCAGAGGGUCGCACACCCCGCGAGGAAUUUACUAUGAACCACAAAGAUCUGGUGAAGGAAGGAGCAUCGUCAAUGAAAGAAACUGCAACUUCUUCUUCGGCACUUGUAGCUGCUCUUAUCAUUACCAUUAUGUUCGCUGCAGCUGUGACAGUUCCUGGUGGAAUAAAUGAGGACACAGGUAUUCCCAUAUACUUGCACACCAAGGCAUUUCAGACUUUUAUAGUUGCAGAUGUUAUAUCGCUAUGCUCUGCCACAACUUCAGUAAUGAUAUUUCUAGGGAUCCUUACAUCACGUUUUGCUGAAGAAGAUUUUCUCACAUCCUUACCCACAAAAUUGAUACUCGGGUUUCUUACCCUUUUUCUAUCUAUCGGGGCCAUGAUGAUUGCCUUUUCUUCUGUCAUUUUCAUUAUGCUCCCUGAAACAUCUUCUAUUGUUAUCCCAUCUAUUGUACUCGCUACAGCUCCGAUUGCCUCAUUCCUACGGAUGCAAUUUCCGUUCCUUCUUGAUAUCAUUAUUUCUACUUAUGGAUUCCCAAUAAGAGUAUAUUUAACUCGGAUUAGAUUGUUACGGUGGGCUAGAACUAUUUAA